GAAACAUGAAAUUUGAACUGUUUUUUGUGUGGAAACUAUUUUGUUCUUAUCUAGUCCUUGUUCUUGAUGAGUUUUAAACAGAAGCUACCACCGGGGGACCUAGCUAGUGUGGAAGACUAUCUAUCAGUAAUUACUAUUAUUUAUAGUCGUGAUCUAUGAGCAGCAGCUACAAUGUAGAUUAUUUUUUGUAUAAUAUUUAGGCCUUCAGUUCAGAAUGUUCCUAAAUAAUUAAAUUUUAUUGGAUGAAUAUAAAAAAUAAGCUGUAUACUUCCACUUUGUCAUAAUUAUAAUCCUAAUGUACUAGCAGACAUUUGUUUAUCAAACCCAGCACAAAACUAAAAAGACAAAUAAAGCUUUUACCCUCAGGAAAAGCUCAAAUUACACUGUAGUUAUUAAUACAUACUAGAUCUGUACUUCCUUUAACACUUGCUUGUCUCCAGUAAGCAGUAAACACACCCAUAAUAAACAGGUAGUCCCUGACGUCUGAUUAUGUAAUCACAUAUUUCUGGCCUUACAGUUCAGUCAUUUCCUGAGGUGGAGCGAGGUGGAGCCUCUAACCAUUUCUGCAGAAACGUUCUGCUAUUGGGGCCAGCUGUUCGCUGUGAACACAGCUGUGAUAUCCACAUGGCCUAACAAUGCUAAAAUCACUCCAAGAACUACAAUACAGCUCUCAUGGCUUCCCAGUAAACACGUGAUUAUAUUAACACAGCCAUGUCUACCUCGGAGUACACCAAGCUGAGAUGGGGCCUGACCAUAGCUGGCUUGUGUCUGUACGCUGCAGACAUAUGGACCGACAUUUGUCUUGCACUGACAUAUUACCAAGAGGAGCAUUAUCUGUGGGCUGGGCUGACCCUUGCUUUCAUUUUGACUGGAAUGCUGGUUUCUCAAAUCUUCAGCUUUGCUUGGUAUUGGGAUGAUAUGAAUGACUUUUUUAUAAACCCAAAUGGGAAAGCAACCCAAGCCGGCCUGUCUAAAAGUGGACUGGGUGCACUUCACGUAUUUGGCCUGGGAAUCUUCACCAGGUAUUACCAGCUGCUGAAGAAGGGCUAUGGAGUGCUAUGGAACGCCACACAUUUCCCCGCAGAAGAGAAAAGGCAGAGGCACCACAAUCUGUUUUGUAUGGCCACUGAUCUGAGCAUGCUCAAGUUGUUUGAAACAUUUCUGGAAAGUGCCCCCCAGCUCCUCCUGCAAGUCUACAUUGUGCUGCUUGGCCACAGGGAAGCCACAGUAUUGAAUUAUGUCUCCAUGGCCUUUUCCUUCCUCAGCAUUGCCUGGUCCCUGGUGGAUUAUCGGCGGUGUCUACGCAGGUCACUCCCUCAUAUCAGCGAAAUGCCCUCUGGCCUACCCACUGCUGUUUACCUCCUUUAUAAACUCUGCACCAUCACCAGCCUUAUACUAAGCUACAGUCUAUAUUUAAUAAUAAGUGCCUAUACCACAGUAGCUCUCACCGCUGUGUGGCUGGCAAUGCUAAUAUGGACAAAUAUUCUUCAGACCGAAUUUUGCUCUCACCGAGGACUGGAAAUUCUCUACAGGGCUGUGGUUGGAGUCAUUCUUACGUUCACCUUUUUCAAUGUUAAAGGACAAGACACUAAAGUACCUAUGGGUAUUUACUAUAGUAUAUUCUGUAUUAUUAAUGUUUCCUCACCAAUACUGCUGUCUGUACUAAUGCCAGAAUUCAAUUCAAGUACCUUGUUGGCAGUGGAUAUUUUUAUUUUGUGCUGUGUUUUUCUGGGACUAUUUUGCCUUGUUUUGUACUAUGUCCUGCUGCACCCCAGAGUGAAGCUACAUGACAUAGAUGAGGUGGAUGGGCCAGGUGAAAAGAACAACAGUGUGAGAAGGAUUAACACAUUUUUACAGCCUUAAAAAAUGUAAAGCACUUUAUAAAUAUUUAUAUCCAAAAUCUA